AGCGUUUUGAACUUUGAGUUCAAAUCUGCUAGGGAAAAUAGUCGAUUAUCAGAGCGGUCCAGCCCCUCAUCUCCAAUAGUCCAGCAAGGCGUUGGGAACCACCUCCCUGCUUUAACAUUACCUAUGGAACCACUGACCUAAGCUUCCCCGCCUGUAAUUUGGAUUGGACGUAAUUUUCUUCCUUCUAGACUAGAUAGAUUUCAGGCUGGCCAUAGAUUUCAUCCCAUUACUUCUUCUGGAUGUCUACGCCGGCCGUCUGCACUGCACCUUCACGGCUUCUGAAUCUGCUAAGGGCCUGCAUAAGCAUCCGGAACCUAAAACAAGUCCACACUCACAUCAUCUGCAAAGGGUUCGAGCAAGACCAGGUCCUCAUAAGUCAGUUCAUUUCAAUCAGCAACUUGUUCUCCUCCAACGUUGCAUAUGCCACCAGAGUCUUUGAGCGCAUUCUUCAUCCUAACAUAUAUAUCUGGAACACGCUUAUCAAAGUGUAUUGUGAACAUUCGUCUCUUGCACAGUCACUGUCACUUUUGAAUCAAAUGAAACAAAUUUCAGAUGUUGUUCCCGAUGGAUACACAUUAACUUCGCUGCUCAGAGCUUGCUCCACAGUCCUGGCGUUGAGAGAGGGGAUGGCCGUGCAUGCUUUGGUAGUCAGGCCAGAUGAGUUUGUUAUGGUCAGUUUGAUGUCUGCCUGCUCUCAAAUAGGAUGUUUAGACCUGGCCAGACGGGUAGAUUGUUAUGUGAUGCAAAGCUCAUUUAAUCUUCACCAACCCCAUGUAGCAGCUGCUCUUGUAGAUAUGAAUGCAAAAUGUGGAAACAUGGACAGAGCAAUGGCUUUGUUUGAGGAGAUACCUAAGCGUGAUGUAAUUCUGUAUUGUUCAUUGAUGCAAGCACUUUCGGUUCAUGGGCGUAGUGAGGAAGCUGUUAGGCUGUUUGAUAGAAUGCUAAGUGAAGGGUUAGUGCCUGAUGGUGUAGCCUUCACUGUGAUUUUGACAGCAUGUAGUCGUGGGGGGCUCGUUGAAGAGGGGUCUCGAUUCGUUAAUUCCAUGAUAAAUGACUACGCUCUAGUUCCUUCACCUGACCACUAUGCAUGCAUUGUUGACCUUCUUGGACGAUCCGGAAAGCUCAAAGCUGCGUAUAAUUUGUUACUUAGAGCAAAGCCCAUUGAGGCCUAUGCUGGUGCAUGGGGUGCACUUCUUGGGGCUUGUCAGCGACAUUGUGAUAUUGAAUUAGUUGCAGAAAGAAAAUGAGCUUCUCAAAAGGGCACAUCAAUUUGAAAAGAAAUCUUUAUGGAAGCAUGGCAGUGUGCAUGGCGAUCACUGCUUUUCUUUAGUAGUGAUGGUAGCUCCAACAGCGGCUACCAAUGUGCGGUUGUUUUUUUCCCGAUGUUCCCAGUGUCAUGCAUUAAGGCAGCUGAAAAUGACUAAAUCCAUAGAAGAAUCUCCGGAUUGGCUUCAAAUUUUUCAGGGUCAGCAUCGCCUUCAAGGGAUUGCCCUCUUAGUGAAGGUGAUGAUGAAGAUGGAGUGAGUCUUGGGAAACUCUUGUUUAUAGUUCAAUCCAAUAAAGCCGUAUCUGAAAACAAUCACAAUGGGAUGAAUCAUUAAUCAAGAAGCAUUCUAAAGAAAAGUUUCCUAGUAAGAAUGCAAGAUUUGCACAUACACCUGGAAAGAGAGAGUCAGCCUCGAAGUGAAGGAAAAGGUCUGCGGUAUGCGAACCACUACUGUAGACAUCU